GGGGCCUGGCAUUGCUACGUUGUUGUUGGUGGUGUUGUUUGUCUCUGUCCAGCUCUCCCUUUUUGUGUCUCUCUCUAAAUCCAAUGCAGUCUCAGCAGAUAACUUUCUUACAUGAUCAUGGUCCUGCUUUAUCAUCAGGAUCUGUAGGCCUCCUCUGUCACCAAAGACGAGGUAAGUAAAUCACAAUGAUUACAUCCUUAAAUCUCAUAUAUUUCUCAUAUAUUAAAGUGAAUGCUUCACCAGAGAUUUAAGCUAUAAAAUGACUAGAAAAUGUUUGCUUGAUUAUAAGGACAGCUUCAUGAGCCCUCAUAACCAUCAUAACCAUGAUUUUUAAAAUAUUACAUCGCUGCUCUGUGACCAAAAACUUAAUGAUUUAUACAUUUGCCUUUCUGACUGUUAUAUUUAGCUGUUUCAUCACUUUCAUUCAUAAACAGCCAAAGUGGCAACUUCCACUGCUGGAAGAUCGGUUGAAUCUGCUACUGCCACUAUUUCAAACAAACUGUGCACCACCAGACUUUCAGUGUUGAAGUUGUUCAUGGUCAGAUGAAGGUUCACACCCUGCUUUCUUUCUAAAUCAAUGACCCAUCUCCUUGUUAUUUCUCUCCAUCCAAACACAAGUUGCUGAUGCCAUACUACCAUUUAACCAGUAGUUCCUCCUUUCUGUGCUUUCUUUUAUAAUUGCUCAUUAUUAGGCAUAUUACUGUAAUCUGCAAACUGGAUCCUCCAGUCUGUAAUCCUGAAGAGCAGAGGCACUCCCCUCAGGACACACUCAGACUUGUUUCUCAAUUGGUUCAAUUGUUUUUACUAGUUGUCUGAAUGCAGCUACCUAUGAGGUACUCAUACAGAAAGCAGAGUGUCACUGUGCUGUAUUUGAUCUUCAGGGGACUCUAUCUCCCUUUUCCAUUGGUAAGUGUGUUUCUACCCUUGUUACCUAUCUUUGUUACAUAGUGUGUAUUCUUUGCAACCUCCUUAUACCUUUAAAAAACAAUCUUACCUGUAAUGAUAGCCUCACAGGAGGUUAGCUGUAUGCAAAACCUUGGCAGAAACAGCAAACCUUGUUGUUCAGGAUCGGGAUAGAUGUUGUGAAUAAAGUAGGAAGCUCUCCAUUCUACAGUGUCUUUAUAACAUUGAAAAUGAAUAACCAUACAAACGUCUCUCAAAGAAUGUGCUGUAUACCAUGUAAGAUGCACUGGUAAAAUAAAUGAUUAAACCUUGAUGAUGAUUAAAAUUCAAAUGAUGCGCUUGAACUGAGAGGUUGCUGCAAGUCUGGUCUCUCUGUAUUAUCUGUAAUUUUUGUGAUUUAUGCUGUUUUUUUUUUCAUAUUUUUGUUGUAAUUUUGUUGGCUGCUGAUGGAUACUUCUGCUGGUCGAAGAGUUUACUCAAAAGAAGAGCUCCUUUCAUUGAUGAAAAGCAAAUCUGGACAACAACAUACAAUUCCAGAGGACAUCAGGAGGUGUUAUUGUGGUUUACGUGUUGGUGCAAAGGUGAAGGCAAAGCUGAAUGCUAGUAGGUGGCGAAUAUAAACCCUUUCUUCCAUCAAUCAUCAUGGGAAAUGUCAACUCUCUGCCCAACAAAAGCGAUGAGCUGGAGAUCUUGGUGAAGACUGAGAAAGCAUACCGUGAGUGUAGUUUCCUGUGUUUUACUGAAACCUGGUUGAAUCAAAACAACUUGGACUCCAGUGUGGAUCUACCUGGCUUCACUCUCAUAAGGUCAGACAGAGAUGCUCAAGCUAGUGGCAAGAAGACAGGAGGAGGUCUGGCUUUAUUUGUCAACCAGAGAUGGUGCAACCCUUCACAUAUAACUGUCAAGGAGAAGUUGUGUUGUCCAGAUAUUGAACUGUUGGUAGUUGCUCUUCGGCCAUAUUAUGUUCCGAGAGAAUUUAGUCAUAUCAUAACAGUAGUUGUUUACAUUCCACCCAAAUCAACUAAAGAAUGUUGCGAUGUUUGGCAAAAUAGUGUUGCCAGGCUACAGACUCAACACCCUGAGGCACUAAUAAUAAUAUCGGGAGACUUCAGCCAUGUCAUCCUCUCCUCUCACCUGACUAGAUUCACACAGUUUGUGAACUGUCCUACCAGAGAAAACAAAACCCUGGAUCUGCUGUAUGCCAACGUCAAAGAAGCCUACAGAGCCACUGCCUUACCACCACUGGGCAAGUCAGAUCAUAACUUGGUCUACCUGCAAACCUGUUACAGACCUUGUGUGCUGAGGCAGCCUGUGACCAAAGUCAAAAUAAGAAGAUGGACACCUUAAGCCAGUGAAGCUCUAAGGGACUGUUUUAAAUCAACAGACUGGAAUGUGCUGCUGGAAACAGAUGUUUCAACCACUUUAACUGCCUCCCUCCUAGAACACUAGUCCUUGUCUGUCACUGAAACAGGGGUGAGGAUGGAGCUUGGAAGACUUUGUCCUGGGAAGGCAGCUGGUCCAGAUGGUGUGUGUCCAAGGCUGCUUAGAGACUGUGCUGCAGAACUGUGUCAACCUCUCCACAAGAUCUUCAACCUGAGUCUACAGCUGGGGCGGGUACCUGCUCUGUGGAAAACAUUCUGCAUUGUUCCAGUACCAAAAACAAAAUGUCCUGCUGAACUCAAUGACUACAGACCAAUGGCCCUCACUCCACACAUCAUGAAAACCUUGGAGCGGCUGAUUCUACGCCUUCUGAGGUCUGAGGUCAAAGACAAACUGGACUCCCUGCAGUUUGCAUACAAAGAACACAUUGGAGUGGAUGAUGCUGUCCUCUACAUGCUUCACUGUGCCCUGUCUCAUCUGGAGGAACCUGGGGUUUAUGUGAGGAUCAUGUUCUUCGACUUUUCAAGUGCAUUCAACACCAUCCAACCCACCAUACUCAAAGACAAGCUCACAGAGAUGGGAGUGGAUCCUUCCUGUGUUUCCUGGAUCGCAGAUUACCUGACAGGAAGGCCACAGUUUGUCAGGCUGGGGAACUAUGUUUCUGAGCUAUUAAUGAGCAAUACAGGGGCUCCACAAGGGACAGUGCUGGCGCCAUUCCUGUUCACUCUGUACACGUCAGACUUCAAAUACAGUACUGAGUCCUGCCACAUCCAGAAAUACUCAGAUGACACCGCUAUUGUGGCAUGUAUCAGAAAUGGACAAGAAGCUGAAUACAGAGAUCUAAUAAGAGCCUUCAGUGACUGGAGUCACAAAAACUGCCUCCUCCUUUUUGAGGAGGAGGCGUACCUAGGUGUACAUCUGGAUAAUAAGUUGGAUUGGUCUAAGAAUAUAGACUACAUCUACAGAAAGGGGCAGAGCCGCCUCUUUUGCCUGAGAAGACUCCGAUCAAUAGACAUCUGUAGUAAGACACUGCAGAUGUUUUAUCAGUCUGUGGUGGCAAGUGUUCUGUUCUACACUGCAGUCUGCUGGGGAGGAAGCAUCAAACACAAAGAUGAAAGACGUCUUAACAAACUGGUGAAAAAAGCUGGCUCUGUGGUAGGACUCAAGCUGGACUCAGUGGAGGAUGUGGUGGAGAGAUCUACACUGAGGAAGGUGGAGACUAUUCUCAAGGACAUGGAUCACCCACUUCACAACACCUUGAUGGACCAAAGGGCAAAUGGUGGUGGAUGGCUCUUCUCUCUUCGCUGCAGGACAGAAAGAUUUAGAAGAUCUUUUGUACCAACAGCCAUCAGGCUUUAUAACUCUUAUGUAAAUAAUAGAUAACUUUUAUAGACAUAUUACGUGAGACAACAGACAAUUGAAUUUUCCUUCGGGGAUCAAUAAAGUUCCUCUUAUUCUUCUUAUUCUUAUUGAUGAUCAUGAAUACAGAGAAAUUAUGAGGAAAAAACAAACAAUACAGACCAGGGGAGAGUAAAAGAACAACAACAAAAUCAGCAAUUUGAACGUCAGGUGCGUGAUAAAAACUCAAGAGAAAGAAGGUAGUCCUCUAUAUUGUAUAUUUCACAUUAUAUAAUUCAAAAAUGAAAGUCCUCUAUCAAAAAUAUUUAUGCCGUGCUGGAACAAUGAAUAUGAUGCAUACCUAUCAGUAAAACCGAAUUAAUCGUGUCAUGGAAAACUCAGUCCAUACUCUCUCAAACCCAAACUGUUAGGAAACUGAGCACCUGUACUGGAAAGAUCCGACUCCUCUAGAUCAGACCUGAACAGCUCGUGCCACGGAGGCGGAGCUACGACUGUCAUAGACACGUGGACCGGGAAGUAGGAAGUAAAUACAGAGAGGCUAAGAUAUCACACACUGGAGAGAGGUGAGUAAAACUUCGAAAGAUUAAAAAGUGGAUUUAUCAUAUAAUCUAACAGUAAAGGGAACUUUAAACGCGCUGUUUUAGCGUACCACGUGGUAUUUGAAGAGCGGAAAUUCAGGGUAUAAUAUGUAAAAGAAUUGACUGAGGUGGUUAGUCGCCGGUUUAGGUUCAUUGAGAGGGUGAGUUAGUCCCGUCAGUAUCCAAACUUUGGUACAUUUUGCUGCUGUCAACAAUAUGACUCUUCUGUCAUCUAUAAAUCAAUCUGAAAAUGCCACAGUCUUUGUUGAUGACAGCAGCUAUUGCAUGUGUAUUAUAUUAAGAACAUGAAUUAUCACCACAUCAAUGGCUGUUUUAUAUUCUGUUUGAGAAAUUAAGAGCCAAUCCCUGCUGGUCAAAAGUUAACAUGAACAUCAGAUCCAGGAUGUUAAAAUCCUGAGCAAACAGGAUCUGUCUUUUUGUGACAUGCAUAAACAAAGCAUGUGUACGUAAAAGGAGAAAUGUUGAUAUCAGGUUUGUUUGUCCUUUUUUAUUUUCUUUCAUUUGAUGAGAAAGUUUAGCUUCCCGUGGGUGUUACAUCUGUGACUUUUUAGCAGGUCAAAUAAAUCCUAAAUACCAUUCUGGAAGUUUCUAGAAGAUUUCAACCCUGUGCUCACAGUCCCAAAGGAAGUCGGAGAAUAUGAAUUAGUUGAUCACAUUUUUUAAUAAGAUCUGAAUUUAAAUCUAAACCAUUUUAUGCCAUCAUUGCUUUUCAGCCUUUUUGCAAUCUUAUGUUAAUGAUUUUUUUUAAUUUAUGAUACUGACAGCCUUUUGUUCUGUUUUGCAUGCCAGUCGAGGUUAUUGUUAGGUUAUAGCAGCAUUAUUUCAUUUAUGUUUUUGUUCUGUUAUUCUCUAUCCUGAUUUGCAAAUUUACUUGUGUUUAGUAAAGAUAUAAAACAUGAAAAGUAAUGGUGUUUCUGUGGUAUUUGUGGGACAGGUGUGACAAAAUGCUUGAAGGCUACGGCUCGAUGACUCAGGCCUUGCUGGGGACUCUGUUUACCUGGGGCCUGACUGCUGCAGGAGCCGCACUAGUGUUUGUCUUCUCCAGUCAUCAGGUAACAUUGAAACCAAACGUCAGACAUGCAGUACUUGAGUGAACUCAUUUAAUUUUGGUCUAAAGGGAAACCUUUGCAUCUUGGCAAAUUCAUGGCAACAGUUAAAUCAUUAUUUUGCUCAAUGGAGACUGGAGACAGCUGACCCAUCACUGCUCACAAACACUGGCUCCAAAUCUCAACAGUGGAAAGGCUCAUACCCAAGCAAAACACUGUUGUUUUAUGAAAGUCUGGGGCUAUCCCCCCAUUUGAAAGAACUUGGCACAAUACGAUACACUGACCUUUCUAAAAAAAAAAUUAAGACAGGAUAUUUCUACAUUUUUAUUAAAAUGAUGUCACCACUGUUUCCACUGUGACAUCAGGUAGCUGCUCUGCUUCUCUUCCCUGAAUUUUGUCCUCAAAACUGAUGUCUUCUAAGCUUUUUCAAACAACAUGAACGCAGUGCAACAACUCAAACAGAGUACCAGGUAGAGGUAGAGGUAGAGCUGGGCAAUGAGUCACUAAAAUAUGAAAGCUGAGACUGAACGACAUUGCGCCACCUGCUGUUUCCCCCAUUCUGGAUUGGAUGCACACCCUCCCUGUCUUCCAAAACAGCAGAACAUGGGGGACGCCCCUUGAGCAGCUCUCACUUUAUCUUCAUCAUAAGCAGCUCAGAUUACUGCUCCUGCUAAGAUGAAUAGAGGACUGCAGAAUGUACAUUACACUGAGCAACACCAUGCAAACUAUCAGAGAGAAGAGAGAGAAGGGCAUGGAGAGGAGCAGGAGGAGGCAGGAGUGUGAAUCCAUGUUCCUGAAAAGCCAAGGGACAGGACGAUUCAAUGAGAGGGAGGCUGUGGUGAUCCUGAGAGUACAAGAAGACUACCAGGUUAAAGACUGCUGGGCUAAAAAAUGAGAGACAUGGUUUUGAAUCAUAAAAAAAUACAGGCUUAAGUCUUGAUGUCAUAGAGGACUUUAUAAAAGUCUGAAGAGACUUAAUGAUUUAUUCAAUCUGCAGCCUGUGAUACGAUGUAACCGGUAAAAGAGCUCAAAUCCUUCAGUUUGUAUGUCACAGUGUAAAAAUACUUCAUUACAAGUGAAAUCUGAUAUCUAGUUUUGUGAGCACUAUCAUCAAAAUGUGGUCAAAGCUCUUGCAUGAACCUUAUCAGUUGAACACAUGGCUUUUAGAUCAAUUUUACCCUCCAGUAUCACUGACAUGCUUUAGUAAAUUCGAAAGGUUAGCAGAACAGUUUUUUCCCUUUAUUGUAUUUUACUGAUAAUUACAUUUUUUUUAAGUAUAAAGAGGUUUGAUUUGUGUAACUAUGUGUGAUGCAGAUGUCAAAUUAUGGGCGACCUUUUAAAAAUUGUUGAAAUCAACAUCAAUCAGAAUAUGAUUAGGUUUUUUUUAUUCCAUCAUCCAGCAGACCUAGUGCUCAGCUGUAAUGGUUUGUUCUGGCUGAUCUGUUCACAUCUGUUCACACCUGGCCUGAUUGUGCAUCUACAAAUGUGUCUGCAGUGAGCCUUCAUGAUGGGAUCUCAUUUUAAAGUUCAAUAUGCAUUUCAGAAUUCUGACUUUAAUCUCUUAAUCCUGAGAAAUUAGGUUAAAUUAAAAACUAGCAAAAUAGAAUAAGUCAUAAAUAACAAAUGUGUGCAAAUAUAGCUCCACUUUCUUCAGCCCAGUGACUGCAGAAGAAACAAAGCUGACUUCAUAUCUCUUUGUUUUACACCUUGAAACUAAAAAUGUCUGUUUAGCUGGAAGAACCGUCAGUGCAAAGGUGGGAGUCAUGAAUUUAAAAUGAAGGCAGCCAUCUGAUGUCCCUGUCUGGUGUACAUACUGUGCCAUGCAUGUUGUUUAUGUAUGACACAGUGAUGAAAAUCAAAUCAGUCUAAACCAGAUGUGAAACUUGACACAUUUGAGCUUCUCUUGAGAUGUUGCAUUUUGAUCUGGUUAAUCAACAGUCAAACUUUCUAAUCCUUCUCUUGGUCUGCUCUUUUCAGAAGCGAAUCUUGGAUGGAAGUUUAGGUUUUGCAGCUGGGGUGAGUAAGAUUUCUUUGACCCCAUUUUCACAAACACGCUGAGGAUGUUUUAACCCCUUUUUCCUUCACUCUGAGGUGUGGUUUGACUGAAUUACACUGUGUGGGAAUUUAUUUUUGAAGUGCCAGGGAUGAUUUCUAACUAAUGGAAAAUUUAACCAGCCAGUUUAACUUGUUGCACAAUGUGUGUGAUUUGUCGGUGUGUAAGGUCCAUCAUUUUGUCUCAGGGGGAUGCUUAGUUAACCCCUUUAAAAGUUCAGACCGAUACACACUAAUGGUACAUUCAGGUCAGUCUGCACCAUCUGUUGUUGCUUGUUUGGCUUAAGUUUGCUACCUUAUCUUAAGCUAGCAAACUUGACUCUGGAGAACCUUUUGGAUAGUACCAUUGUUGCAAUAAUCAAUAAAAAGCAUCUUUCACCAGCGACUACAAUAUUGAGUAUAAAAACCUAAUAUACACUCACCGGCCACUUUAUUAGGUACACCUGUCCAACUGCUCGUUAACACUUAAUUUCUAAUCAGCCAAUCACAUGGUGGCAACUUAGUGCAUUUAGGCAUGUAGACAUGGUCAAGACAAUCUCCUGCAGUUCAAACCGAGCAUCAGUAUGGGUAGGAAAGGUGAUUUGAGUGACUUUGAACGUGGCAUGGUUGUUGGUGCCAGAAGGGCUGGUCUGAGUAUUUCAGAAACUGCUGAUCUACUGGGAUUUUCACGCACAACCAUCUCUAGGGUUUACAGAGAAUGGUCCGAAAAAGAAAAAAUAUCCAGUGAGCGGCAGUUCUGUGGGCGGAAAUGCCUUGUUGAUGCCAGAGGUCAGAGGAGAAUGGCCAGACUGGUUCGAGCUGAUAGAAAGGCAACAGUGACUCAAAUAACCACCCGUUACAACCAAGGUAGGCAGAAGAGCAUCUCUGAGCGCACAGUACGUCGAACUUUGAGGCAGAUGGGCUACAGCAGCAGAAGACCACGCCGGGUGCCACUCCUUUCAGCUAAGAACAGGAAACUGAGGCUACAAUUUGCACAAGCUCAUCGAAAUUGGACAAUAGAAGAUUGGAAAAACGUUGCCUGGUCUGAUGAGUCUCGAUUUCUGCUGCGACAUUCGGAUGGUAGGGUCAGAAUUUGGCGUCAACAACAUGAAAGCAUGGAUCCAUCCUGCCUUGUAUCAACGGUUCAGGCUGGUGGUGGUGGUGUCAUGGUGUGGGGAAUAUUUUCUUGGCACUCUUUGGGCCCCUUGGUACCAAUUGAGCAUCGUUGCAACGCCACAGCCUACCUGAGUAUUGUUGCUGACCAUGUCCAUCCCUUUAUGACCACAAUGUACCCACCUUCUGAUGGCUACUUUCAGCAGGAUAAUGCGCCAUGUCAUAAAGCUGGAAUCAUCUCAGACUGGUUUCUUGAACAUGACAAUGAGUUCACUGUACUCAAAUGGCCUCCACAGUCACCAGAUCUCAAUCCAAUAGAGCAUCUUUGGGAUGUGGUGGAACGGUAGAUUCGCAUCAUGGAUGUGCAGCCGACAAAUCUGCGGCAACUGUGUGAUGCCAUCAUGUCAAUAUGGACCAAGCUCUCUGAGGAAUGCUUCCAGCACCUUGUUGAAUCUAUGCCACGAAGAAUUGAGGCAGUUCUGAAGGCAAAAGGGGGUCCAACCCGUUACUAGCAUGGUGUACCUAAUAAAGUGGCCGGUGAGUGUAUAUCUCAGAGAUAUUGUUAGAACAAAUAUGCUUUUAGUUGCAAGUGUAUAUGCAGUCACUACUUAAAGAGUAACCAAACACAUAUCAUGUAAGAGUUUAUUCAAAAUAGUGCUAAGACAUUAAAUCAAAUAUUAAAACUUAAAUAUUUGUUUUAGGAAAAUACAUGUUCAUAAAUUCAAACAGUGAGAUCAGGGACAACAUAACCCUGAAGGAUUGUGAAAAAAAUCAAAUCAAAUCAAAAGUGGAGGAACAUUUUCCACUCUCUCAACUAAUGAAGUGAAUUUGGACCGGGUUAGUCACAUGUCUAGGUAUAAAAAGGAUAUUCAGAGAGGCUGAGUCUCUCAGAAGAUGGGAAGAGGUUCACCGCUCUGAGAGAGACUGUGUGAGCAAACAGUUCAAUUUCAGAAUUUGAAAAAAAAUUCCAGUUUCAGUUUCAGAAUAAUGUUCCUGAGUGUCAAAUGUGAAAGAAUCAGUGGAUUUCAUCAUCUACAGAACAUCAUAUCAUUCAGAGAUUCAGAGAAUCUGGACUCUGCAGUGGAAAUCAUAGCUCAAAAUCACUUCAAAAACCAUUGUCUGUGAAUACGGUUCAUCACUGCAUCCAAAUGAGGUUUGAACUGAAAAAAUCUAAGAGGAAACCAGAUGGAAACAGGAUCCAGAAAAACCAGAGACUUCUCUGGACCUGAGCCCGUUUAAGAUGGAUCAAGGGGAGGAGAAAAUCUGCUCUGUGGUCUGACAAGUCACAAUUUGGCACUCUUUUUGAAAAUCAUGGAUGCCAUAGCUUCUGCUAUAAAGAGAGGAAAGAACCAUAUGACUUUUGUUAGCUCCCAGUCCAAGUCCAGCAUCCCUGAUAGUAUGUGGAUCAUCAGAGUCCAUGUCAUGGGUAUCUUCCACAUCUGUGAAGGCUCCAUUAAUGCUGAACAAUAUCUGCAGGUUUAGGAUCAACAUCUGCUGCCAUCCAGACAAAGACUUUUUCAGGAAAGACCUUAAUGUUUACCAGAAAUAUAAGCCAAACAGGAAAUCUCUCUAUAUUCACAGUGUGGUUGGUGUUGGUUUCAGACCCUUCUUAAAAUAAAAAGAUUGACUCAGAUUUCUAAGACAGUUGGACUCUCAAAGAUCCUCUGUUUUCAUGACCUUCAGUUCAGGUCUCUACUGUAUAACUCCAAGUCUUGUUGGACCUGUGUGGCAUGUAGGUUAGUGCUUCGUAGAGUAGACGUGUCCACUCUGCAGUACCUCAUUAUUUUAACUGUCUUGUCCACAGUAGAUACAAUAGUUGCUGCCUCACAAAAGCCAUAAAAAUAUAUAUUUUUUCACUCUUGAAAGAACAGUUUGUUACAAGUACAUAUAGAAAUACAUUUGAUGCAAUGAUUGCAAUGUGCAACUCAAAGCUAGUUUAAAUACCCCAUCCUCCCCUUUCUCUUGACAUUUCUCAGGUAAUGUUGGCUGCUUCAUAUUGGUCGCUGCUUGCACCAGCAAUCGACAUGGCAGAGGAUUCUGGGAAGUACGGCUCAUUUGCUUUCGGACCGGUUGCGGGGGGAUUCAUACUUGGUGCAGCAUUUGUCUACUUUGCUGACUUGGCUAUGCCGUUGCUGGUAAGAUGCUCAGACUCCCUCACAUGCAGAACUAUAAGAAAUGUGUAGUAUGUUUUUUUUUUUUUUUUUUUUUUUCCAACCGAAGGAUUUCUUACUUUCUGGUUAAGGUUGGUAGAGAGAGCCUCAGAUCUUUCAGAUCCUUCACUACAUCCUCAUACCUGACUGAAAAAUGUCCCUGCUAAUUUUGGUUAAAACAAGGUGGAUGUUAAAUGUUCUGAAAUAAGUCAGGGGUCUGAGUUAUACAGAAAUAAUGAAGAAAAACCUUCCACACACAACACUACACCAUGUUAUCAAUAUUCUUUAACCAGGUUUUGUUGGACUUCUCUCUACACAUUUGUGACACACUUUGAAAUCUGUGACCCUUCAGAAAUGUAACACAUCUCUUCAACACUCACUGUCUGUGGUCAUUUUAAUUUUGCUUACAUUAUUCAGCAAACUCAGAGCACCAAUAUGACCAUAAACUCCUAAAACAUGCAUAACAUGAGGGCCAUAUGUGACGUACACCAAGACAUGUUUUUAGAGGCUGGGGGAUCUGUGUGAAUAGGAGCAGGAACAAUAUGUUGACAUGUAGCAUUUGUUUGUGUUCAUGUGUUCACUGUAAGCUCUGUCUGCCUGACAGGCAAUUUAUCCAGCUCUGUGAGCAAGCUACUCAAGAAUGCUCGGCUGCAGAAAGAGCACCCCUCUCUAUGUGCACGUGUCAUAGGGAAUUGGACCUCUUUUGGGUCUCAGAUGUUUAAAACUUUAUCAUAAGACUUUAGGCGUUGAAUAUUAAAUCUGCAUGCAGAGGUAAACUUGUGUGCCAACAGAGGUCUAAAUGUGCACUUGUGAAGCUACACCAUUCUGCUGGAAAUUGCUCCCACUCCAUCAUCCUCGUUCUCCCCAUGUGCGCACACACACACACACACACACACACACACACACACACACACACACACACACACACACACAGAAAUAGAAAUCAAGCUGUUCUGCAGCUGUGAGAGUGACACUUAGACCGUCUCAGUCAUCAUCUUCUGUGGUUUUGGUGCACCAUCUUUCACUGUACAAUGAACGGAGAAAGACUCUCUGCUGAUUUGAUGGUGUUUGACGCUGAUGCAUGGAUCAGCCAUGUUUCGGUGAUGCAUGCAGGUGAUAUUUGAUUCCUGUCAUCCCGGUCAUGUUGAUAGUUUAUCCUUGUCCUGAAGUUAUCCAGCUUAUUCUCCAAAGACUGAUGGUUGGCUGACAGACAGCUGGCAGCUGGACACCGCGCUCUCUUUUGCAUCCUUAUGCUGAUGUUGGCUUGUUUUCCCAUGAGCCUUUUCUUUGGUAGUCUGGAGACUGUGCUGCUAUCAUGUAGACACAGAAAGAGUGAAGGGGUAAUCAUUGUUUAGACAGCUGGUGGUUCAACUAUUAAUGUUUUUCUCAACAAAUAUUGGAGGUGAAUGAGGAGAAUAAUGGAGGAAGGAAAAGAUGGACAUUGAGGGAGAGCAAAAAGAAAGAGGGAAGUAACAAGGUCCACAAUAAAUUCUGUAACAGUUGUGUAUGAUUCAUACAGAAAUCCCAUUGAGUAAAGCCAGAGAAAGCAGGAGCUGUGGAUGAUGGUGUGUGCUUUGUCAGAAUGUGUGCAUCUGCUUUCUGUUGUUUUGGGUAUGACACCCUCAAAACAUGACAUUUAUUUCUCUUAUACGAAUUAAUUAUCCAUCAUGUAGCUUUAAAAACAUCAACACAGUGCACUAGUUUAACUGUGAAGCAGAAGCAAAACAGUGUUUGUUAGUGUAAAUUUCUGAAAAGACACAUAAGGAGAGGAUUCCUGUUUGACAACUUAAGAGUAUAGCUAAGGGGGUACAUAAUACUUAAGUCCGAGCAGCCUAGUGAGCUUCUUUGUGGGGGUCUGGCCUGAUCAUUGUCUAGAUUUAUGUGCGACUCAUUCAAAUCUAAAAGAACACAGUAAAACCAGUCCAACAGGGAAAUGGGAAAGAUUCUCUGACAGCUCCAGCUGCUGAAUCUCCCUGUAUACCUGUGCAGAAAGUACCAGAAAUCUGUCUCGGACUCAGCUCUGUGAAUGUGUCCUGUUUCUAUCAGCGAGAGGGUGACGACGUCAGCAGUGGACACGCUGGUCUCUGCAUUAGUAAUGAUCCUGAUCCUCACGUCAGAACCACCUCCCAGAGUGCUCACAUCAUUAGACAGGCAGCAGCUCGGUGCUCCUGCUCCUGCUCCUGCUGCGGCUGUGUGUGUGUGUGUAUAUGAGUGAGAGAGAGAGAGAAAGAGAGAAAAGUGUGUGUAAAGUGAAAAUGUAUUCGCUCCUCAGUUUAAGAUACCUGCUUUAGAUAAACUUAAUUUGUCUAAUCUGAACAACAUGAAAAAGUAGCGGCCCUCAUUAUUUUUCUGUUAGUUAUUCAAUUUUGAAUAACUGAAUAUUGAAUGAUGGUGUGAUAUGUCAGUGAAGAUGUAAAGGAGAGUUGUGUUUAUAUACUACAGGCGAAAAAUUUGGAAGCAAGGCCAUUACAGGCCGAACAGUUGGGAGUAACUUCAGGUUUUUGGUCACAAUGCUUUUUUUUAAAUCCAGCAUGAGUUGUAUGUAUUUUGGGAUGUAUUUACUCCAUGAUCAGAUGUUGCUUUCAUGGAAAUGCACCAUUUUACUCCAUUUACAUAUAUAUGUGUGUAUAUAUAUAUAUAUAUAUAUAUAUAUAUAUAUAUAUAUAUAUAUAUAUAUAUUUUUUUUUUUUUAAGAAACUGGUCAAGAAACAAACUGAUACUGAUGCAUCCUAAUGACCUUCAAAGGCAGCAACAAGCCUGAUACCUUUACUGUUGUUGUUUUUAAUGCUUAAAACUGUUUAGGGGGUGAAAGGCAGGUACACAGGAGAGAAAUGAGCUUAUGUUAUAAGUUAAUAAAAACAUAUCAAAACAUAUCUGACAGCCCUUUAACUAACACCAGAUCACAGCUUAGAUCUGAGACUGUUUUUGAUGGUGCAGCAGUCUUGGUAUCUUGACUUCGUGAGGUGCAAACUUAACUUUAAAGAAAACCCCCCUAUGGAUUUAUUCAUUUAUCGUUAUGCACCUUGACUUAACUAAGUGCUGACUUCAGAAGCCUUAGUGUUCCUGUCAUAGAAAAUCGACCUGUUGAUUUGACCAUAAAUUCAACAAACAGUCUAUUAUGGUUAGCAUGCAGCUCCUGCAGGGUGCACUUUUUGUCGAGCAUCUGGGAAUGGAACAUGUUGUAAGUGAUGCUAUCAAACUACAGAUAAACUGAUUGAGACCUUAAUUGUUGAACUUAUUCAGAUGACAUGAAUGUGAGUGAUGCAUCAUGUCAUAUAUAAAGUCAAAAUAAAGCCUAUAGAAAGACUAUAUUAUCUAACAAUUUAACUCGAUAGUUUCUCUCCAUAGUGUCUUUAAUACUUAACCUUUAAUGGUGAUUUUGGACUGAGAUAGUCCUCUCUCUGAGGUGGUUCCUGACGUCAGUGAAAAAUCAGUUUUUGAUGAGAGUCUGAACUCAUAGACUCAAAGGUGUUUUCCUUUUUAUGAUAUCUCAGCUGGAUUUGCAGGUAGCCAAGGUCCUCUGGAGCCCCAUGAUUUAUGCAGCCACCCUUAUUAUUCACUACAUGGAUACAAAACUCAUGCUCCAUGCUGAAUAUCACAUGACAACAGACGUGUGUGUGUGUGUGUGAGAGAGAGAGAGAGGGAGAGAGAGAGAGAGAGAGAGAGAGAGAGGGAGAGAGAGAGGGAGAGAGAAGGAGAGAGAGAGAGAGAGAGAGAGAGAGAGAAUGGGGGUGUUUUUCUGACUGUUCUGGCUGCUGUGCGGCUUACUCUUUAAUAAUCAUUGCCAUUUGAAAUGUCACCUCCUAAACUCAGUGGCCCUGAGCAAGUUACUGCAAAGGUGUGUGCGUGUGUGUGUGUGUGUGUGUGUGUGUGUGUGUGUGUGUGUGUGUGUGUGUGUGUGUGUGUGUGUGUGUGUGUGUGUGUGUGUGUAAGCAUUGUGAUAGCAUCUCCAUUACCCCUGAUAUAAUCUCUGUUUUCUCAGCAUGUGAGAUUGUGUCACCUUUAAAGCAUAGUUUAGAACAGGGGUCGGCAACCUUAAACACUCAAAGAGCCAUUUGGACCAGUUCCCACAGAAAAGAAAACACAGGGAGCCACAAAACCCCUUUGACAUCUAAAAUGAAGAUAACAUUGCAUGUAUCCUUUUUUUACCUUUAUGCAAAGUAUAUAAAAACUGUAGUGAGUUGCAUGUAUCAAAUAAAUUAACUGCUGCAGAGAAAAAGAAAUGUUGUUUCUGCAGGCAAACAAAAAUGUUUUGAACAGUUUGACCUUAAAGACCCACUUCAAUGAAAAUCAUAUUAUUCUUGUUGUCUACAUGUUCAUAUAUCAUUUUCCUGAUGCUAGAGGACAUAUCAUAAGUAAUAUAAGUGCGAAAUCGCAUUUCUGAGUAUUUCUGCAUUUAAAUCACUGUGAAUCUCUGGCAGACCCAAAUGGUAGUCUCAUACGCAGGGAGAUUUCCUACUUAACAACUGCAAGCUCCGCCCUCGGAGCCCCGCUAUGCAUGCCAGAGUAGAGAGGAUGAUCGCGCAACAAGCAUGUGCGUUGAAUAAAACACAAUUUCAGUGAACAAUGUAAGAUAUAUAUUUACAAAAUAAUAGCUGAUUAAAAUAUGAAAUUUACUUGCUUUAUGUGACUUUCGUGCCUGAACCUCAGCGCACAGAGUCUCCACAUCCAGGCUGUGUGACAUCACAUUCAUCUUCACACAGGUUUUCGGUUUUCACAAGUCAGCAGUUAUGAUGCAUACUUUGCGUGAUGAAAAAAUUGAUCAUGGUUUAUUUAAUGUUACAAGAGCAUUAUAAUCUUUGAAUUUAGGAUUAAAGGUCCCAUGGCAUGCCAAUUUCACACAACUUAAAAUAGUCCCCUGGUGUGUUAAAAGCAUGUCUGUGACGUCCUUCGGUCAAAAUUCGAUUUGGAUCAAUUAGUUUUGUGCUCUUUUUAUCAGCUAAAAACAGCUCCGCUCAAAAUCCUCCGUUUUGGGCCAUGUCUCUUUAAUGAAAUGAGCUGCACCCAAGCCACGUCCACUUUACACCCAUCUCUCUGGAAGGGGCUGUGGCUGUGCUCCGAUAGCCAUGUGCUAAUGUUUACACUGGCUCGGUCAUGGCUGCAAGUAGAUCGCUCGUACAACCCUACCAGUUUGAGCCAGAGUCUGACCCAGAGGGAGAGGCUCCGGAAGACUCUCUUAACCGCGUUCAGACCAAACGUGACUUGAAGCGACCUAGUCGACACAUCCUAUGUAUUAUUCAAAGCCGCCAGGAGGGUCACGCUUAAGGAGGAAGAUAUGAAUGUAGAAAAAAUUACAACCAGAGCUCUGCUACAAUGUAAGAUUUUGGUGCUCUAAAACUUCUCUGACGCCUUUGCUACUUAAUAGGAUGGCCGACCAUCCAGCAUUAGCCGGAACAUCCCGUAUUUGAGCCAAAAGAACCGCGCGGGUAAAUGCUAAAGCUACAUGCUGCUCCGGAGGGGGAUUUUGUCCCCCACCACCGGAAUUGUCGGGGAAGAAGCGAGCGGCUAAAAUACGGAAGGAUCCGGUAAACCAGCGCGGAUCCGGUGUGUUUAUCAAAGUGUGGUGGCCGUGCUGAGGCACCGGGGGGAAUUUAGUCUAAACAGUAAGUCAAAAUAAAACGUUCACACUUACAGAUGCCACGUUUGUUGUAGGAUCACGGAUAGUUGGUAUGGAUUCAUUCUUUAUCUUCAGACAUCUAGCAAAUCCAGCGUUGAACUGUCCCUUGUUGAUAAAACAGUCCGAAGUGAAAUGGUGCGCACAUACGUACAGAUAUUUUGGAAGUGCCACGGGUACAUUCCCAUUAUAAAUAAAAUCCACCCAUUGAGUCCUCAAAUCCUUGAGUCCACAAAAAGAGUUUUGUGCUCGUUUGUGCAGCCAACAACAGAGCAAACGCUGCCUCUUUUUCAGAUCGUACUUUCGCCAUGGUUCUAACCGGAGCUAUGCAAGCGAGCGGCCGGGAAUAAUGGCGCUGUUUUGAUAAUUUUUUUGGGCAGGGCAGUGGGCGGCUCCAUGGGCAGUGCCAUCAACCCGCCAGCACUGACAUGACGUCAUGUCAGUGGAGUUUUCAGAACGGCCGGUUCUGAGCACACAGUUCCUAAAUAUGGAGAUAACUAAAAAACAACUGGAUGGAAUUUUUUCGAACUUGGGGGGAUUGCAGCGGUUUUCUAUCCCUGAUAUGCACCCCCCUCCCGUUAACAAAGUCAGUUUUUCAUGCCGUGGCCCCUUUAAAGAAAAAUAAAAUAACAUUUAAUUAAAUAUUUAUUAUUUAUUUUCCAAAUCCAUAGGGAGCCGCAGCUUGGGAAGAAGGGGCCGCAUAUGGCUCCAGAGCCGCGUGUUGCCGACCCCUGGUUUAAAGGAUUUAGAAAGAAGAUCAUGUUGUUGUGUUCAAAGAUCAGAAACCUUUGUGUUUGUGAUGAACAUAAAGGACAUUGAUAAAGAAAUGGAGCAGAGUUCAAAGGGAUAUCUCAACAUGCACUGAAACCUCCAUAACAGCAUCUUGAUGGUGCUAAUGUUAGUAUCAGUGGUCUGCCUGCUGGAUCUGAGUCACUCCACCUACUCCAGCUGGAGUAUCUUUGUUUGAACGUAGAUGAGUUUCGACAGUAACAGAAACAGGAUGACAGUAUUCAUGAAGAAGCUUUAUGACACGAUUAACAAAUGUGUUCAGUCUGUCAUUGAGCCUUUUGGACCAGGUCAGGGGAGCCCUUUCUGAACCAAGACCCAGUUUUACAGUCACCACUCCACUAGGAUCCGCCAGUCCAGCUUUACCAUUUCAAACACACACUUGUGCAAACAGGAAACACACACAAACAGUAGCCAGUCUGCUUGAGGAGCCACAGCCAUGACUGACAGCCUACCAGAUUAUAUAUUAUAAACAUACAGAAAUGUCAAUCAUAUAUGAAUGUGAGCAGUUCUCUGAACUUAAAAGUGAAGUAGAAAUGGGACAGAUAGACAGACCCACUGCACUAACUCUUCUUUCACAGCUCUACCAUCCUCCCAAGGGUUGUUGUGUUUGUCAAUAGUGUCACUGAGGGGAUACAAAGCUGUCCUUAAGUCCCUUACAUUCAGAGCUGUUUAACAUUGAAAUUAGCAUCAUAGCAUCUGUGCAUCAUCUGAAAUAUUGACCAAACCUGGUAUGACAAUACAUCCACUGAUCAGUGUGUAUGGGACUAUAUGUUCAAGAAAUCAGACUGAAACAAAGACAAAAACAUGCAGAUUCAGACUUUUACCAUCUUAAUGCACUAAACUUUCAGUCCUGGUUGUGUUCAUUGAUGUGAUGUGUUUCUGUCUGUAAAAAUACCUCUGACUUGUGUCUGCAAUCAAACACAAGCACCACAUGAAGAUUGACUGGACUAAAGUGUCCUUUAUAUCCCCAGAGAGAAAUGUUCUGCUGGCCACACUGUGUUUGUGAGCUGUUCAUGCCUCCUCAGAUGUUCUGUAAUUCUCAGACUGUGAAGGCUGUGUAGAGAUGCUCAGUUCCUGCAGACAUGUUUAAAAGCGGCAGCAGUCUAAGCAGAAAGCAGAAAGAGUCAGUGAAAGUGAGGUGAUAAAUGUCACCUGGGACCUGGGUGAGGUGUGAGUGGAGAGGAGACUGACUGCAGAGGGAGGAUGGGAAUGGUGUCAGUCAGAAGCAAAUUUGAGCUCUGAAUCUGCCAGGAAGUUCUGUUUUAGAAACUUACAGGGGGAAACUCGGUGCUGCCCAGAAGAAUCAACAACAGGAGUGGGCUUGGUUUCUGCUCAGCCUGUAAGCCCCUGCCUGGCUGCUUAAGUGAUAGUUUCUGUCCAGUUGUUGGACCUUUCUGAGACCUGCAGAUAUGCAUGUACAUACUAGGGCUGAUUGAUGUACUGUUUGAACAUUACAGGAUGUGUGGUGUCAGUGACAUGACCUAAAACAUGUCAUGCUGUUGCCACUUCCUCAUUUUUCCUGUUGCCACUUUCUCGUUUUUCAUUUAAAGGAGUACAUUUAUAAUCCUGAGAUAUACCUGUCCUUAAUUAUGUCUGAAGGCUGGGAGCUUCACAGGAUGUCCGUUUAACGUCAUCAUCAUCACAAUCUUUAUUACCGCCGUUAACACCAUCCCCUCCUCCAUGUCAACAGGAUCUUCACCAGAUUACACAGGCAUUGAUGUUAGCCUCGAAGUGGAUAUGUGUUGGGUGUUGUCAAUGUUAAAAUGGCACUGUAGUCACUGCCUGUCCAAUCACUCAUCAAUUAAGAGCUGUGUGGCACAGCAGGAGACGCUAUUUCAUCAGGCAGGAUGUCAGGCCACAUGCAUAAUUUCAUACACACACGGCCACACGCAUAAAGACGGUGCACACACUUUCAUGUCUUCAUCAGUGAAAGGUGUUUCUAAUGAAAAUGAGACUUUUUAGAAAAUAGGCUUCAGGUUGUGCAUGUUCAGGGUCUCAUGAGUUCAUAUUAACUGUAGAGCCAUCCUUGUUUCCCUGAAAGUGGAGAAAACUCUCAUAGUAAACAUGCAGGGCUGCUGCUAUAGAGGGGAAACGGGUGAUGAAUGUUGUCCCUUCUUUUCAGAAUUACCUGUGGGUUUGUAAAGUGCUGUAGUGUCUGUUUUCAGUAUAUUGUCUGUAAGAUUGUGGCGAUGGACGGAGUGACCUCCUGGGCCUACGCACACACGCAUCCAUGAACCUUCACACACAUGCACAUACACACACACUCACCUCUCCCCCACCCAACGCCUUCGACGCUCCACCUCUCAGUGCGGUGGGCGGUACCCUGACUGGCGGCGCACACUAUGGGCAGCAGCUGCGGGCUUCCCACCAUCACUGAUGACCCAUUCCACUACCCCCCCUCAACAACCAUAGCAUGUCUCCGAAUCUCUGUGUAUGUGAUGUCAGUAAUGUGCUCAUGUUGCUGAGGGUUUUUUUGUCACUACACUCAUAUUAAUGAGAGCAGUCUCUUUUUAUACCUCCUCCUCUCCCUCCCUCUUGUGUGUUCUUUCCCCAUCUGUAAAUGCAAUCUCGUUGUGCAUAAGUGCAAUGACAAUAAAGCAUCUUGUUGUAUCUUGUAUGUUGAUUUUGAUGAUACCUGCCUUAUCACAACAAAUGAAAUUUAGCAACUGUGCUAAUUCCCGCACAUUUACUUUGAUGCUUUUUGCUGAUAUGUUGUCAAUGUGCAUUGUCGUAAUCAAACAAAAAAAUAAAUUCCAUUUUUCUAAGUAAGUGGUGCAACUGACUGACUGUGUGGUGCACAGGUGCAAAGUGAAAUAGACCAAGAUAACUGACAUCCUGGGGCCUGUUCUACGAAGCAGGAUUACUGCUUAGCGAGAUAACUUUGAGGGUAAGUUCGGGGUUUCCUGUUCUACGACGCGGGUUCACUUCUUAGUGAGGCGAGUCUCCAUGGCAACAUACGCUGAACGGCUGACCUGCUCUGAGGCAGGUUGAGUUCCGGAUUGAACUCACGGAGUAUAAAAACCCCGCCCACUGACCAAUGAGCUCUCUCGAAAAAGGGCUUGUCCGUUCUUGGAGGAUCCUAUAGACCUCGGUGCUUGUAUUGUCCCAGGAGCACUCCGGCACGCAGGAGUUUUCAGGGACUGCACGGACCCACUUACUUUUCCGGAUGACCACCUUUAUGAAAGGCUCAUAUGGCCUACAUAUCACACAAAAAAUGUAAACACGAUAGGAAUGAACAAAUGAAUGAAUUCAUCUUGGAAAUGAAUGGGCAUGGGCUGCAUGGGCUGUGUGAUCACAGACAACAUCUCGGUACUAUUUAGUAGCAGUGCACACCCCUUCUAAUAACCCCUGUAAAAACUGUUGUUCAGGACUGCUUACUUGUGCUUCCUACCUACUGUAAUAACCGUUGUUCGAGCCCACAUGCAACAUUUUUGUUCUCAUUCAUGAAACGCUUAAACUGGGGACAUUUUCGGGGACAGCUUCAGGGGGACAGAUCAUCCAAUUCAGGGACUGUCCCCGGAAAUCGGGGACGUCUGGUCACCUUAGUUAAAAGCGCAUGUUGAACAGUGCUAUUUCAGGGUGAUAAUGGCAUCAAAGAUUAUUUUUCUGCCAGCAUUCCUUCCAUGCUUUUGCAGCGGUGACGGUGUUGCUUCAUACUUUCUCAUGAUCGUCUCCCACUCCUCGUUUGUAAUGUCCGUGGUCCUUUGCUCUCCUGCCGGCUCUGACACUCCAGACUGGUCCAUGUUCGCGAUUGGUCAGGUGUGGCGGGCUCCGCCUUACAUGAGUGCAUGCGCUCAUAGCAAAGCUGGAUCAACUUAUGAGGUUGAUAACCAGCAUCGCUAGACCGUUUAGCGAGACCGCUGGCUACCGCGUUAAGUUGAGCGAGGUAGCUCCAAGGCUACCCCGCUAGGUCGAGCUUGCUUCGUAGAACAGGCCCCUGGUGACUCUGACUGUAGCUGUUCCAAGUACUGCCACAGUCUGGAGUUUAACAAGUUUAUUUUGAAUGUGAAGCUUAAAAUAGGAUGUGUUUGCAAACACAAGCUGGAUAUGUUUGUUCAAGCGCCAAAACGGUAAUUUCUUUCAAUGUGCCUUUUCUAAGGAUGCAAAUUGUUUUGGUUUUUAGCAUAAACUUUGAGCACUUGUUUUUUUGUUUUUUUAUAGCUGUCAUUCCUUCCAAAUAAAUUCCCUCUCUCUUCUUUCUGUGGAAAAGUUCAAAACUUACUAUUUUUGCUGUUCUGCACCCAUGAGGAUUUACUUCUCCAUGAAAUAGAGAGCUUCUCUUCCUCUUUGCCUCAUAUGUCUUUACCCUUAGGUCAGCAGGCUGCUGCUAGAUGAUGCUCGCAACAUUUCACCCAUUUCCUUUUGUGUGUUUCAGCUACCCAUGGUGUGUUCAUUGUGGUGAACACAUGUCAGGACAUGUGCAUACAUAGGAUUCUGAUUGACUGUGAAAAAGAUUCUGAUUGUCUUGGGCCAGUGAUGAGUCCAGCCUUUCCCUAAAUUAGCUCAUGGAGCCUUCUAUUUUUCAGAUCCUGUUUGAAUAAAAAUAGAAGUACAGCUUCAUCCCCACAAUCAAGACCUAUGCACAUGCCAGGCAUGAGGGAGGGCUUCAAACACAUGCAAUUUUCUCCCUCAUCCUUUUCACCAAAGCGCAAGAAUCUUUUGCUUACUGUUUAAUUAAUUCUACAAUGUAUGAAGGAAUAUGGUAUAUUGCCAUUAUAUCCCAUAAAUAAUGUCUUUAAUCUGCCUGCAUACUUUCAUCUAGUAUUUCCUCUGCAGUCGAACUAAACCUGACCCCUCCUCUCCCUCUGUCAUCUAUCAUUUCUUACAGGGUGUAAGCGCUGACCCCCACAUUGCUCUGGCUCUGACUCCUGAACCCAAGUUUGCCAAAGAAAAAUCAGAGGAGCCGAUUCAGCACUGGGACUCUGACGAAAUGACAAUCAGGAUAGGUAGAGCCCGUCCUCUUCCAGGCAAGCCUCCCUUCAUAUACCACAACAAACACAUGUACACAGCUACAGCUACAGCAGUCCCACUGAUUAGUAGCUGAUCCAGAUUCAGGCUCCACUGUACUCUGAUUUUGAGAGUGGGGAAAAGGUCACCUCUUGCUUCUAUGAUGGCCUCUCCUGAUUCUCCUGCCUCUCUUUCCUCUGUGUAUUUUGUCUGUCCAUUUGUUGGCCAUAAUCUGCUCUUCUGACAGUGCUAAUCUGGUGGGUGCAUUAAUGUUGGGUUUGGGAUUCUUAAUACAGUAAUUCAACACAUUAAACACUCUAUAUCAUCAAUUAUGUCAAGAGGUAGACAGAUUGUUUGAAAACUGUGCUGUUUUUACUGCUUUAAGUAAUGUUCCAGUGCAACCAACCCUGGUCAUCAUACUUGUGUUUCACUGAUUUUUUUUCUUUUUGAGUGAGCAACAGAAACACAUCUUUAAUUACCUCCUGUAGGGGCUGGAUUCCUACAGCGUAGCAGUGUAAUUCAUUGCCUGACUAUUUUGUGUUCACUUAAUUUAUGCGGUAAAUUGGCUGCAUCCACAUAUAAUACCAUGUCUUUGCCAGAGCCCAUGUCAUUUCAGCCUGAGUUGAUCAAAUAUGGUUGACUUUGCUCUGAGGAUUCAUUGUGUUUUCACAAUGAACUCUUUUUUUUUAAAUUCCCUUUUUGAUAGAAAAAAACAGUCAUGUCAAUCAGCUCAGAGUAUCUGCUCACCAUCCUGACCAGUUUGUCCUCCAUCACUCCGAUGAAGGUCUGUCGUUGACAUACAUCACUGUGGGCUCUCCAUGCUGAGUGGCUUUACCAACACAAGUGUUUCCUUGGAGUUCAGAUUUUUCAGUCCCCCUCUGAACAUAUCACAAAUCUGCAUCAUUUGCAUGUACAACUCGCUUAUAUCAUUACAUUUGCAUCACCCAACAAGAAAUCGCAUGGUUUUUAUCUCAAAGUUGACGUCACAUGUGGUUAAUUCAGGUGGGUAAUCUAUUUGUAUCUAUUGUGAUCACAAUGACUUCGAUUACCGGUAGAUGCUUUUGUUCAAAGUGACGUAGAUCAGAUGGAGAGAACAACAUGGGUGACUGAUUAUCAUCAACUGCUAAAACUGUGCUGACAUGCAGCGCUAGAGGCACUGUGAAUGAUGUAUCUGAGCUAUUUUACAUCAACAAGGUCACCAGUAUCAUCAUCAAACUACGAAUUUAUGUUAAUAGCAACCUCAGUAUUAUCGUCAUCAAUCAUCAUCAUGGGCAGCAGUAAAAGAUAAGACAGCAGUGCUGGGUACCUCUUAUGGAGCUGGAGUGUAACAAGAAGGGAGUGUAGACAUGCUGGAUCAAUCUCUUUUAUAUGUGCUCUGUUAUAACUCUCAUAAAACAAGAUCCAAAACAGAAAUCAUGAAUACAACAUAAUGAAAUCUUUUGGCAUCAGUUAGAGAGUUGUGCGGUUCAUGUCUAAAUUAAUCCUCUUCAGCUUCCUUUAGCCCCUUUCAUACUGCUAGGUAAAGGUGGAUAUUUUCAUCCUGGAGUAGAGCUUCAGUAAAGAGCUGUUACAGACUGGCAGUAAGAAAAGGACUGAUGUCUUUCAAUAACUCUUUCUUUUCAGAUAUUUUUCUCUUUGAAUGAUUCAGUAGAUUAACAGUUGAAACCUGAUCAAUCAUGCGGGCUGAUUGUGCUUUGUCUGACUUCUGGUAUUUUUUCAAGUUUAAAUUUCUCCGGCCUCUCUGUGAAGCAGCGGUUACUGAUCUUCAGUAGUAAAAAGACAAACCCAUAAUGUCAUUUAUUGGUCCAAUAGAUGUGUGGUAUAUGAAUGCGGAUGGUUCGUAUUGCCCUCAUUGUUCUUUCCUUCUUUGAUUUUCUGCAGGAUCUUAACCACUUAAUAUGAAAGUGAAAUGAAAGACAUGUCAAAGCUCAAACAGAAAACUCCUCUAAACUUUUAAUCUUGUUACCCUGUGAUGAUAACACUGCUGCCUAGACUGUAUGUUGACGGAAGCAUUUGUUUGAAAUGGAUGACAUUCAAAGAAACUAUAACCUCCACAUUCUGGUUCACCUUUUCUCUGAAGUGAAUUUAAAGGUGGUGUAAGGUAAGGUGUGUGUUUUUAUAAGAUCCAUUUCCUGCAAAUUGCUUUUUAAACAAACCAAAAAGACUGAUCUGAAAAUUUGGUACUUGAACGGGAAGUUAUUUUCUAAUCUUGUACAUGCAAAAACAAACAAAAAAAACCCUCCAGCCAGAGUGAUACUGAAGGAUCACCCAGCGUGUCCUUAAGGGUGACUAGCUUUGGUCUGCUGUAACUUUCCAUGAUGUCUGAAGUUCUACCAAUGUUGGACCAGGUAAGACCGACAGCAUUGAGCAGAGUUUUGCUUUGAUUACCUGAUCUCUGGAUUCAUUUUUGAGCCACUCUGCACAGUCUGUGUGUUUUUGUGAGUGAUCCUAGCAGACAGCAGCAAUGUGUGGUUCAGUGUGUUUAUGUGUGUGCAUGCCUACAGUCUAGAGCUCUCAGCUGAGUGUGUGUGUGUGUGUGUGUGUGUUAAUGUUGUUUCUAUAGCUUAACAGGAAUGAUGCUGACUAUAUGCUUGACUCUGACAGCAAAGCGCUCAAUGUCAGGCUUGCCAGUGAAAAAAUACUGUUUGCCGUUUGUAAGGAAAGACAUGUCAUAGGACAGUUGGCAUGCCUCUGAGUCAAUAUGCUUGUAAUGAAAUGUAAAAAAAAAGCAAAAUAUCAUUUACAGUAACCUGUGUGAGAUAACCUGCUGCUAGUCAUGAUUCUAUAAGAGAUGGCAACCCAAAAAGUUCUCAAAGUCACUUAGUACUGACUGAAAGUGCACAGUGUUUAUAAAAAAGGUGCUGGCAAUUGUAAUUAACUUCAAUAUCAAUCAAUUAAUCAAUCUUUAUUUGUAGCACUAACUCACAACAAGUGUCAUCUUAAUAUGCUUAACAAAAAAGCUGGUUCAGACUCUAUUUACAAAGAUCCAUUGUACAUAUGGCAUCAGACUGAGCCCCACCUUAAAAGAUCAGACCCACUCCCAUCCCAUCUUUAAUCACGAGUGAAACACUUUACAGUGCUUAUCAAGUUACAGUGGAGAGGAAGAACUUCCUUCAACAGGUGGAAAUAAUAAACAUUAACAUCAGCUCAGUAAACCAACGUGUUUCAGCCAUAGGCUUCCAUCAGCAUUUCACAAACAAUGUGAGUGUGUCCAACUGAUAGAAUUAACAUCUAGCCCUUGCUCUUAAAGGCUGUGUAUUGUGAUACAUAUUGUGGUAUAUAUCGUAUCAUGAUGGGUAUUGUGAUAAGUAUUAUACUGUGAGACUGUAGGAGACACUUUAGUGGGACCUAUUAAUAAAUGAUGAUCACCAGGGGGACACCUGAAAGAUACACAUAGAAAACAAUAGGACAAUUUCAGAACUAACAUACAGAAGUCUUUAAAUUGAUAACAGCUAAUAAGCCUCAGUCAAUCAGCAAUAAACAAGCUGUGGCAUCAUUAUGAUCAUUUUCAGGUGGAUUUUAAGAUUGCAGGAAACCUGAAUCCAAGCAUAGUUUAUUUGAGUUGGAGCUGAUCUAUGUUGUGCAGAAGCUGAUCAUGCUGCAGUUGCAGUACAUUUGUGUAAAGAGGAGGGGUUGGAGGAUUCAGACUAUGAGGAAGACUCAGGUCAAACUUGGACUGCAGAUAACACAUUUAUAACUGAAUGCAGAAUUUACAGUAACUUUGAUAACUGUUCAUUUUUCUGCAUGUCACUCACAGCAUGUGGAGGCAUAGAAAUUGUGUUAUAUUGGGGUGUGCACAGGAAUACAGGAACAGUAGCAUGAGCCCAUGGAAGAAUAGGAACUCAAGACAGUAAUGAGGGAUAGUACAGAUUUAUAGGCCUGCAUUAUAAGAGCUGGUUUACUUUGGACACCAAGAUAGAGGAAAUGAAACAAAGACAAGAAAAGCUUUGAGUUUUGGACAAUGCAUGACCCCAAAGUGAACAAAUGGCCCUUCAGAAACAGCAUGGACCAAGCUUUGUACAGCUGCUGUUCCCGGCAGUAGGAGUGCUUUGUGCUUACGAUAACUAACUGAUAGCUGUGACAGACUGAAAUAAUUUGUUGAAGCUGGUGUAUUUGUUCUGUCAUUGGGCUGUUUAUUAGACAGUGAAAAGUUUGUCUCCCUUUAGUAUCUCUCUUUUCUUCUUUUCCCCCAUCUCUUCCUUCUCACACUCAGACACACUGCUCUCAUUCAGCGUUUUAUUUUCCUUAGUUUCCACCUCUUUCAACCUUUCACUUGAUUCCAACAUUAAACACCACCUUACUUUCUUAAAGACUGCUUUUUUUCCUUUUCUCAGUAUCACUGCAAUGUUAAAAAAAAAAGUCCCCUCUACAAAGCUUUUGUUUGUCAUAAAAAGCUGUGGACCAUCCUGACCUGGGUCAUGUAAAGGACUGCCAGCUUCUUGACUGCUGAAAAUGUCAGCAAUUGCUGCCUCUCCCAUACCGGGAUACUAACAGGAAAUGGGGAUGUAAAUUCAUUUGACUCCUUUUUGUACCACUCACACCAUCUUUUGUUGUGCUGAAAAUGACUUUUAGUUGUAGUCACAUUCUUGCCCUGUAUACUCUUCAAAGUUUUGGUCUAGUUUUAGUCAGGAAAGUCAACAUUUAGGUCCAGUUUUAGCCAAUAAAAGCACAUUACACCUCAGUCAUUACAAUCAGUUGAAACAUUCACUGCUAUUGAAGUAAAUUAACCAAAUGAAUUGAUACCAAGGUUGUGCUGAGUAUGUAAAUUUCUGGAUUCUUUACCGUACUGUAAGUAUGAUUAAGUUAAGACCCUCCCGCAAUGCAAUGCUGUUGUGCUGCUUGCUGAUCUGCGAAGCUAAUGUAGAGAAUUAAUCCUUACUAUAAGUUAGGGGUUUCCCAAAUACAGGCAUUAAUGAUAAAUGUAUUUCAAAGAAAAUAAAAUGCUGAUUUCAUGCUUAAAAUAAGUAUAUGCUAAUACUGUGUCCUUAUAGUAGUGUUUUUUUAUGCUGAUUGUACCACAUCAUAGAACUGAUGAGAGAUGAGGAAGAAGCAGCAGCUGAUAGCGAGCUAGCUUUAGCAUCUCUCUGAGAGAUGAUUUGACACUUUUAAAAACUGUCAUUCAACAGUUUACUCAAAAACAGUCUUAAAGCUUAUGUCAGCUCAGGUUACUAAUCAAUCAAACAUUUAUACUUUCUGUUUCCUAACUGUUGUCAUCCAGUUGUGUAACUUCAGAUCUAUGAUAAGUAGUGUACUUCAAAAUAAAAGCACAGAUCAACUAGGCAGGAUUUAAAAUAAACUACAUGCAAGACUCAAGCAGUUUCAGUCACAAGGCUGAUGAAAAAUCAUACAUUGAUAUAUUAUUAGAAAUGGGUGAUGGCAUUUCAGAGAAUUGCAUUGAUUAUUAAAGUGUAUGAAGUAAUGUGUCACUUUAGUCUUGUCUUUUUGUUUCUCAGUUUGGCUGAUUGUGCUUUAGUUUCAAGUCAUCCAUAAAUGUUGUGAUAACAUCAUUAUCGCUAUAGUGAUGUUGCUGCAGUUAAAGGUGGGGUAGGCGGGAUCUGAGGAAAUCUUGAAUGUAAACGCUACCCCUCCCAACCAGUUUUCUCCUCAGCUCCUCCUCUCCCCUCCCUCUCUGCUCCAGCAAGCCCCACCCACAAACAGACGCUCCUACUCACUCUUAUUGUUCCAAUUAAAUUCAGAUAUAAUGCAGAUAAUUACAAAUGGGGUCCAGUCAACAUGAAGGCAAAAAGCACUGGUGCAACUCUAGAUGCCAACAGACUACCAGCAAACACAAUGUUUGAAGGACUUCUACAACUAUGAUAAAGUGACAUAUUCCAGGACCACGGUAAACAGUUAAGCAGCGCUACAACACUCAGCAGGUCCUGUUGUUUAAAAAACACCUCUUUGACAUACACGUGGCUUACUUUGUUUACCUGUCCAGCAGAAAGGUUACAGGGUCUGUAAGAUCCAGAAGCCUCCCCCAUCGUUGAUGCUGAUGUUGUCCUGGCUCCUUAGCUCUUGUCCGGUCUACCUGUGGUGAGACGCCUCCUCCUCUUGUUUUAUUUUUGGCUGGACUUCCUGUGUUUCUUUGUUUGUUUGGUUUGGCUUGACUCUUUUCCAGAGCUCCCUCCCCUCCCUCAGUCGCUGAGGCUGAGUGAGACUACACACCUGCUCUACAUCUACAAUCAAGGCACUUUAAGAAGCCAGCAGCCCUCAGUCUCAGCGCUUGAGUAUUGUCUUCACUCCCAAGUGGUACAGACGUGUCUCCUGGCCUUCCUCAGAUAAUUACUUGCGACUUUUUACUCCCUGUGAUCCCUUGUAUGUCUUCUCACCUCCUUCUCCUCUGUUUUCUCUGCACUGUCUCCAGCCCACACAACAGCCAGCCAGCAAACCGGACUUUUUCCUUGUGCUUUGUUUCCCUGAGUUGGACAUUAAACACCUUUAAUUUGCUAUCUGCCUCUGUGUCUGCUUCUGGGUCCACAAAAUACACCACACGCCACAGAAUACUCAGGCCAGGAAAAUGGACCCAGCAGACCCAGACAGAGACCAACAAGCCGUCUAAAACCUCGGACUUCGCCUCGGUCAACAUGAGGGCAUGCUCCAGGGCCUCAACCAAGCUUUCCAAGGCCUCACCGUUCAAGUAGAGCAACUGGCAGAUCAACUCCUCUCCCGGAUCCCCCCGCAGCAAUCUGGGUCUCCCCCCUCUGUAAUUACGGCCCCCUCUUCACCCUCUCCUGUCUUCAAAGAGCCUUAUGUCCCUCCUGCCGAGCCAUAUGCUGGGGAGAUUGGGGGCUGCAGAGGUUUCCUGUUCCGCUGUACCCUUGUCUUUGAUCAACAGCCUAUUAGUUACCCCUCAGACAAAUCCAGAAUAGCUUACACCGUGAACCUAUUGAGAGGCAAAGCCGCUAAGUGGGCUAUGGCCAUUUGGAAAGAAGAUUCAACUAUGUUGUCCUCAUACGCCAGAUUCACUGAGGAACUUUGCAAAGUGUUUGAUUAUCCUGUCAAGGGUCCCGAAUGUACGAAACGGUUGUUUUCCCUCACCCAGGGCUCUCGGUCUGAGGCGGAAUUUUCGAUUGAGUUCCGCACAGUAGCGGCCGAGAGUGGGUGGGGGGAACUGGAAUUAAUGGGAAUAUUCUCUUGUGGUCUGUCUGAACAGCUUAAAGAUGAGCUAGCGUUUCGUGAUGAACCCUCCUCACUUUAGGAGCUAAUCGCUCUAGCCAUUAGGUUAGACAAUCGCCUCAGGGAGAGACGGAGGGAGAAGAAAUUAAAUUCCCCUACCCGUAGCAUAGACUCCUCAUCCUCUGUCGUGGUCAGCGGGUCUUCUCUGCAGCCCUCAGUUCCUCUGGCUCCGGCGCCCUCAGCUGGAGAACCCAUGCAAAUCAGCCACACCUCCUACCUCCAGUUCUCCCAGAUGUAUCUCCGUACCUGCCUGUCUCCUGUGGGAAAAGGGAUCCACGUCGCUCCAAACCCUUAUUGACUCCGGGGCGGACGACAACUUUAUUCACGCCGGGUUGGCGGCGCGGCUACAGCUCCCCCUGGAGGCACUCCCUGCCCCCCGUAAGGUCACCACUCUCGAUGGCAGGGUUAUAGCCACCAUAACCCACUGCACCGCUCCUCUGACCCUCAUCCUUUCGGGAAACCAUUGUGAGGACAUCCGGCUGUUCCUGCUUCCCUCUCCACAUUCACCCCUCGUGCUUGGACUCCCAUGGCUGCAGAUCCACAAUCCCCAGAUCAACUGGUCCACAGCUUCAAUCGCCGCCUUGAGUCCUCACUGCCACUCUCAUUGCCUCCGCUCUGCCCCUGUUCUCAAACACCCGGAUCCCUCUCUCCAAUUCGUGGUGGAGGUCGACGCCUCGGACUCCGGAGUGGGGGCUGUCCUCUCACAGGGGGAUCCCGAGACCCAGAAGCUCCAUCCUUGCGCCUACUUCUCCCGGAAAUUCUCAUCCACCAAACAAAAAUAUGAUGUGGGAGACAGUGAGUUGCUGGCUUUUGUGUGGGCACUCCAAAAAUGGAGACACUGGCUGGAAGGAGCGCAACACCCAUUCCUCAUCUGGACUGACCAUAAGAACCUUCAGUACCUCCUUUCUGCUUGACGCCUCAACUCCAGGCAAGCCCGCUGGUCCCUCUUCCUCCGCAGAAUCUGCUUCACCUUCUCCUAUCGUCCCGGCUCCCGCAACCUCAAACCUGACGCCCUAUCUCGGAUCCACUUCUCAGCUACCUCUGACCCCAGAGAACCGGACACCAUCCUCCCUGCCUCCUGUGUCGUCGGCUCCGUCUCUUGGGAAAUCGACACCUUUGUGGACAAGGCCUUCAGGAAGCACCCAGACCCUGGAACCGGCCCUCCUAACAGAAAGUUCGUCCCUGCACAUUCUGCACAUUCCCAAGUCCUACAGUGGGGGCACUCCUCUAAACUCACCUGCAACCCUGGAUUUCAGCGCAUCCUCCAAUUCCUUCAGCAGCGGUUCUGGUGGCCGGGGAUGGUCCGGGACAUACGGGCGUUUGUUGCUGCCUGCUCUGUCUGUGCCCGAGUUAAAGCCUCCCACCAACCUCCGGCUGGCUUGCUGCGUCCCCUGCCUGUGUCCUCACGCCCCUGGUCCCGUCUGCUCUAGAAACUGCUGACCUCCUAGUAUCUCAUGUGUUCCAACUACAUGGUAUCCCCCUUGACAUAGUGUCAGAUCGUGGUCCCCAGUUCUCCGUCCAGGUCUGGAAAGCUUUCUGCCAGGCAGUGGGCGCGGCAGCUAGCCUCUCCUCGGGCUACCACCCACAGACCAACGGCAAGACGGAGCGGGCCAAUCAAAACCUCGAGUCGGCUUUGCGGUGUGUGGCGGCCCAUCAUCCAGCGUCCUGGAGUACUCACCUUCCGUGGAUCCAAUACGCCCAUAACUCCCUCACCUCCUCGGCCACAGGUAUGUCUCCCUUCAUGUGCUACUUUUCCUGAGCACCCGGUGGCCGUCCCGUUGGUGAGGGAGCACAUCGCGCAUCUACGGGAGUUGUGGAGAUCUACCAGGGCCGCACUCACCCGCACGGCCGAGCGCAGCAAACGCCUGGCUGAUGUUCACCGCUCUCCAGCACCAGACUAUUGUCCCGGUCAGAUGGUCUGGUUAUCGUCCCGUGACCUUCCCCUGCAGACCGAGUCCCUUUCCCAUCCAGAAAAUUAUCAACUAUUCAGCGGUAAGAUUAAAACUUCCUUCAUCCCUCAAAAUUCACCCCACAUUUCAUGUCUCCCUGAUAAAGCCUGUCACCUCGUGCACCCUGAGCCCCCCUUCCAUCGCCCCUCCACCCCCCCCGGUUGAUUGACGACCACCCUGCCUUCACUGUGGGACAAAUCCUGGACGUGCGGCCUCGGGGGCUGGGAGGGUUACGGUCCAGAGGAGCGGUCCUGGAUAUUCCGCUCCCUCAUCCUGGACCAUCAACUCCUUUGACGACUUUUACGCCGCUCACCCCAACAAACCCGGCAGAACGCCAAGAGGUGUUCGUUGAGAAGGGGGGGGGGGGGUACUGUGGUGAGAUGCCUCUUCCUCUUGUUUUAUUUUUGGCUGGACUUCCUUUGUUUCUUUGUUUGCCUGGUCUGGCUUGACUCUUUUCCAGAGCUCCCUCCUCUCCCCCGGUCACUGAGGCUGAGUGAGACUACACACCUGCUCUACAUCUACAAUCAAGGCACUUUAAGAAGCCAGCAGCCCUCAGUCUCAGCGCCUGAGUAUUGUCUUCACUCCCAAGUGGUACAGACGUGUCUCCUGGCCUUCCUCAGAUAAUUACUUGCAACUUUUUACUCCCCGUGCUCUGUUUUCUCUGCAGUGUCUCCAGCCCACACAACAGCCAGCCAGCAAACCAGACUUUUUCCUCGUGCUUUGUUUCCCUGAGUUGGACAUUAAACACCUUUGAUUUGCUAUCUGCCUCUAUGUCUGCUUCUGGGUCCACAACAUACACCACACGCCACACUACCUCCUUUUUGAGCGCCCAUUAUUCCGCCAGAGUCUUCGGUAUUUACUGCGUUGACUUGGCUAUGUUGGCAGUUGUGGCCAAAGGAGGAUUCAGACAAUUUUCUGUACUUUCUGGUUUGUUUCUACUAUCCGAUAUUGUAGCACGCUAACUUUGUUUGGGGCUCAUGAAUGACACGGGGGAGCCUCACAACCAAUCAGGUUGGGGAAGUUGGAGAAUGGCUUUGUUUACAGUCAGAAAUAGUGGGCCGCUCAAAAAUUUUAAAAUGUUGACUACACAGACAUAACAAAACACGCUUUUUUCUUUUAACCAAUAAAUAAGUUUACAUUCACCCCAUGUUGUGUGCGGUGGAACUCUUUUCUUUUUAGGAACUUUUUUCCUGACACCACCAGCACCAACGUUAAGAUCUGUGUUGUGCAGGGCAAUCCUCCUUCUUGUAUGAUAAAAGCUUUUUUGUAUAUACACCACAAAAAAGUGACCAAAUUAAUGAACUACAGCUGUUACAGGAAUACUUCCAUUGCAUUUUAAGUGAUUCUGCAUGGUGGUGCUGUGGUUGGCCCUCUUUUCUCAGGGCAAGAAGGCUCAGGGACCUUGGCUUCCUCCUGGAGUCUAAAAAGAAAAGCUGAGCUUAUUUUUUCACUGAGGUUAUUUGGUCACUCUGAAUUGUGUGUGUGUGUGUGUGUGUGUGUGUGUGUGAGAAAGAGAGCGAGAGAGAGAAAAGUGUGUGUAACGUGAAUGUAUUUGCUCCUCAGUUUAAGAUACCUGCUUUAGAUCAACUUAAUUUGUCUAAUCUGAACAACAUGCAAAAGUAGCGGCCCUCAUUAUUUUUCUGUGGGAUGGUUGUUUGUCUCUAUAUGUCAGUGGUGUGAUGAACUAGUGCCCAUGAAACUGGAUGGAUGAAUGGAUAGAUUGGUGAUAGAUAAGGGGUGGAGUGGCGAAAAUAUGACUUAUUUUAAAUGUCGGACAGUACACACAAAAAACCCUUUUGUUUCCAUUAGCUUCAAUUGUCAAUUUGUCUGAGCUCACCAUCAUGGGGAAAAGGUCAUUUAGGGGCAUUUAUCAUACUAAUGUUUGUAUAUUCAAACGAGGCAUGUUCACAUGGUCAUACUUAUUCUCACUGAAAUGAGCAUGCCCACAGGAACAGAGGCUGGAUUAGAAAUCUGUGUAAAAUAGUCAUGUCAGUGUGAGACAGUUCCUACACACAGGAGAUACAACGGUGGAUUAAGAUCACGUUUACAGCGAAUCUGGAAGAAAUACACACAAGACUGAUCAGUUUAUCAUUUUUCAUUCCAUACAUGCACGAUUUCAAGAUCAGAUGAACGUGUUUUAACCGAUAAAAUCUCAACAGUUCUUGCAUGUUUGGACUUUGACUGCUUCUUAUUGCUUAAUAAAUCCAGUUUAACUGUGUUAUUUGAUAUAUGUUUAAACUUCAACUUAAUCUUGAUCAUUUUAUUGUCAGUAUUACUUUCAUCUGUCAUGCAGAUAAAAUAGAGAAUGGGGAGGUGUACCAGAGGAAAAGAGGAGCUCACCCCGGGGGCGCAGAGGAGAGGGAAACCGGAAGUAAACAGCUCGAGCAGCUCAGGCAGACGGAAAGCAGCUGGAGAAGAAUCCUCCUCCUGAUACUUGCCAUCACUAUCCACAACAUCCCAGGUGAGACUGUUUUAAAAAACGGGACUGUAGCACUCAGGGAUGGCUGUGGCUCAGUCUUAAAGUAAGUCAUCUCCUAAUUGGAAGGUCGGGGGGUUUUGUCUGAAACUUUCAUAUUACAGAAGUGUACAGGUAGAUCAUGGUAAAUGUGGUAUAUGACCACCUGUGGGUCAUAGUUGCUGCUCUGAAAGUGCUCCACAAAUCAGUGAGCUAAGAAAAGGAAGGAAAUAUCUUUGUCUUUUUUGGUAAUUAAUGCUACCAGAGCAAAAAAAAAAAAAAAAGGUCUUGCAUGGCGAGAAGGGACAAAGACAGGCUCAAUACAGAGGAUUCCACUUCCGAGAUCCUGUUAGUGUUGCUAAUCUGUGCUAAAUAGAUAUAAGAACAUGUAUUUAGAUUUGAUCAACUCUACCUCCAGUCAUGAAUCAGACGUUGAGAGACGAUGUUAAGGAUUCCUCAGGAGGAACUAAACCACAAAGAAGAGCUUUACAUCAAAUACUGGUGGAAACCCGGUCUGACUGCAGCUGCUUGUUUUGUCUUAUAGGACAGAUUGAGAUUUGUAAAGAAGUUUUCACAUCUUUUUUUGUGUUAUCUGCAGAGGGUUUGGCUGUUGGGGUAGGAUUUGGAGCCAUUGGAAAGACUCCAUCAGCCACAUUUGAAAGUGCCAGGUAAGAGUGAGGUUUGUUCAUGUUGUAACCAGUCACAUUAAAGGGGUAUUUCAGUAUUUUUGAAGUGAGAUUACAUGACUUACAUAGUAAGCGUAUUACCAACAGCAGAUGUCAGAUCUUUAAAGAGAAAUUGCUGGUUGAAACAGGACACAAGAUAGGUUUUUGGCAGAUGAGGCCCACUCUGGGUUUCAAAUUGGCAAAAAUAUGAUGAAGCCAAAUAAUGAGUGAUUCUGACCUUGUUGAUAAUAUACCAUUUACUGUCAGAGCAAAAACAGAUGGGCUGAAAAAUGUCUUGAUGGAGUUUACACUUUGAGGCAGAUUUGGUCACCUCUACAGAAAACUGUAGCCUAGCUUACAUGCCACUUCCCCCCAGCAGAUUCUCACUCAAGGGACUGAGCUGACUGACAUCCUGUGUGGCAAAUACACAAAUAAAAAUAACCCUUUUAAUAAGGUACAGGUCACAGGGAAGUCAGGGGACAUUUUCUGAGAAAAACACUGAGUUAAGAUUUGCUGUCAUAAGGUUUUACAAACAGAUUUUACACCUGUGCCUGUUUCUCUGAUGCUGUCUGUUGAGUGUGUGUGAAACUCCACCUGUUAUUUAAUCAUAAAGGCUGUUGUCUGGAGGAAAUUCAGUGGGUUAUUUUUAAAGAAAUGUUACAAAAAUUGCACUACUUAAAGUCGAUUUAUUAUUGAUCACCUGAUCAUGAAGCAUUUAUAUUUGAGGAUCCUGUUUCAGUUUAUUCAUAAUGCUCAUGAGUCAGAGGUGAAAAAAUCUUAGACUGAACACUGUUAUUGUUUUGUGUGUGUGCUUUGUAUGUUUUGGGGACGAGAAAAUGUUUUUUAUCUCCUACUUUUGUCUAGAAGCAGUGUAAAAAAUGUUUCUGGUUUUGAAGAGAGAGGAACUUGUACAGCUUGGUGGAAAAUUUUGUGCACCUGCCAGUCGUGAAAAACUGACUAAAAAAAUUAUAACUCUGCUGUUAAAUAUUUCUUUCUUAUCAUCCCUGAUAGAGAAUUAGACCAAUGUGCCUUUCCUCGUUGUUACAACCCCGCUUGUCAAGGGGAAAGAGAAGCAACAUAAAGCCUGAUCUUUAAUGGUAUAGUGUUAUUGAUUACAAGAAGUGAGAUUGGAACAUAAAAGAAAAGAGUCAGGCACAGAAAAGGGCUGUUCCAAUUAACAAAUAAGGAAAAACAAAAGAACCCCUAACCUGGAGUUCAUACAGAGACAGCUCUUUCUAAAACAAAAACGGAAAUAAAACCUAACUCAUGUCUAACCACACAGAAAUGGCAAACAAACAGCACCCCUAACCUAAUGAGCAUAACAAAGAAUAAUUCUACAAAUGAAUGUGCAAGGGUCUUAAAUCUAUAACCCAACUUAGAACAAGUGCCUCAGCUAGACAAUACAUGAGACAACAGCAACACAACACAAGACAUCCCAAUCAAACACGAGUGGAGACACAGCUACACAGCGAUAAUUGAGAAAAACGGGUGAAUGAAAAUCUCACGAGCGAAGGCAGCCCAGCUUUUUAGUACUGUGCACUUCUUCUUGAUUGGUCAGAACUUCUGCUGUGCACCAAUCAGCUGUGUGCUCUUGAGGUUGGUCACCUAGGGGAUGCACCAAUCACUCAGCUGCACUCACACAUUCAUGCCAUACACUCAUUAAUAGAUUAAGGACCACACAGGGGGAUGUGGCCGCGGCUGUUACAUCCCACCCCUUAAAAUAUAAACCCUCAGAUUUUUUACAACCAUCAAUUAACAAUAUACAUGAAUAUGAGCGAUACAAUCAACACCUGGACAAUGAAUCCGCUAAAAGAGACCACCCUCUGCAGCAUUUUCUCCUUCACUCAGUCACCAACCAGAACUAAGAUCCAUGGGCACAUAAUCAUUAUGAGACCACUGCUUUCUUUGAGAGUGAAAAGGCAAUAAUCUGAGCUCAUAUGAUAUUGAAACGCCUCAUGGCAGUUGCCUCGUGCUGUGUAAUGAGCUACUGACAUCUAGGGGUGACUUUGUGUUAGUGCUUUGUGUUAGGGAGAGUUGGCAACAGUUUUACUGGAGCCGUUUUCUUAAGUCACCCAAUGUCUCUGAUCAAUCUUGAGGAACCAGAUAAUCAAAAAAACCACAGUCUGUGUCUCAGUGUUGCUCUGAGAGUGAAACACAAUCAGAGUACAAUUCUCUACAGUGAACUCCCAUUUAUAAAUAUGUCAGAGCUCCUGUAAAAUCUUUAUUCAAACAAAUUCGAUCCUUAAUUUUAUACUGUAACUUCACAUUCAUCGUAAACUUUCUCUUUAAAGAAAGCACAGAAUUCUGUCUCUGACCUAUUGUACCUCAGGUCCAGAUGAACUAACUUAUCCACAGAAACAGCAGACUUUCCCUUUAUGUAACAUUGAACUGUGUGGUGGUUUGGUUCUGUGUGUCUUUCAUCUCAGAAAUCUGGCCAUUGGAAUUGGCAUCCAGAAUUUCCCAGAGGGACUAGCUGUGAGCCUGCCGCUGCGGGGUGCAGGGGUGUCAACGUGGACGGCCUUUUGGUAAAAGCAUCAACAAAAAUAAAUAAAUAAAAAAAUAAACCAAAAUCAGGUCUUUGUCGACACUGUGACCAUUCUGUUUCCUCCCAGGUAUGGUCAGCUCAGCGGGAUGGUGGAGCCGGUCGCUGGGCUGCUGGGUGCUGCUGCCGUCUCUUUGGCUGAACCUCUGCUGCCCUAUGCAUUAGCGUUUGCUGCCGGGGCAAUGGUCUAUGUGGUUGUGGAUGACAUCAUACCUGAAGCUCAUGUCAGGUGAGAAAUAAAAAGAAGAAUUCAUGUAGAUCAACGAUGAGAAGGGGUGGAUAAAAGUACAAGACAACCUUCCUCUGAGCAUCUGUUAGUGUCUUCUUAACAUUUCUUGGAUCUGGCUUGAUGUCAACAGUGGAAACGGGAAGCUGGCGUCCUUCACCUCCAUCCUGGGCUUUGUGGUGAUGAUGUCACUAGACGUAGGGCUGGGUUGAUGGCGUCCUCAUGGCUGGCACCAUGUCCGCUGUCCCUCAAUGGCCAUUCAUCUGAUCUCAGUGCUGCUGACUCCAGUUUUUAUAAAGGGGACCAAAAUGAGAAGUGUUUUAUCCUGAAGCACUUUAAAUCAGCGUUGUUUGAAUGUUUACUACUUGAAAAGAAGAAAUAAUGAAAAUAACUAUUUUAUUAUGCUGAUCUAUGACUCAAAUGGUCUAUGAAUCUAAUGUAUUUAGUUUUCAUGCUCGCAGUCAUAUUUAAAGCAAAUGUUGACAGCCAUGAGAGUUUGAGUAUUUUUUAUUUUUAUUUUGCUCAUUUCAGGUUUUUAUGACCUCUUUGGUGACUAAACUUACUGCUGAUCAUUUCAUCUGUUCAUUUAUGUGACAGCCAAUGAAUGAAUGAAUGAUUAGAUUAUGUUCAAUCUAGUCUAAAUCCUGCUGUGUUACUGUGUUUCCAGGUUAGCUCUGCUGUACUGAACAUUAAAUCCUGUAUCCACAAUGGCCCUAAAAGUCAAUGGCACUAAAAUGAUGAUAAAACAUAAGAUAAACCUUUAUUUAUCCCACAGUGGGGAAAUUUGCCUUUCAGUUGUACUAAAAAAUCUGGACUACUUGGAGCAGGCCUGGUUCAACAGUCGGACUGCAGCAGGAAGAAAGGACUUGCUGUAUCUCUCUGUCACACACCGCAGAUGAAGAAGUCUGUCACUGAAGGAGCUGUUGCGGUGGUUACAGUGUUGUCGUUACAGAGCUGUUACAGUGCUCUGUGGGGGGUGGAAAACAUUGUCUAAGAGAGACCACAGCUUAGCCAUUAUCCUCCUGUCCCCCACCCCCUCUACAGGGUCCAGAGGGCAGCCCAAGACAGAGUUAGCCUUCCUCACCAGUUCGUUCAGUCUGUUCCUGUCCGCAGUCGUGACGCUGCUGCUCCAGCAGACCACUCCAUAGAAGAUGGCUGAGGCCACCACAGAGUCAUUAAAGGUCCUCAGGAGAGCUCCCUGCUCACCUGAAGAUGUCAGUUUUCCUUUAAAGUGAGGCAGUGUUGUCAGUCCAGUCCACUUUACUGUUCAGAUGAACACCCAGGUACUUGUAAGAGUCCACAAUCUCAAUAUCCUAUCAUUAUCAUUGGCAAUGAGGCCAGCAAUAGUGGAGUCAUCCGAGAACUUCUGCAGGUGGCAGCUUGUUGCUUGGUUGGUAAAGUCUGCAGUGUACAAGGUAAAAAGGAAAGGAGCCAAAACUGUCCCCUUGCAGAUUACAGUGUCAGACACACAGUCACAGGCCUCUACAAACUGUGGCCGGUCGGUCAGAUGAUCCAGCUGCCAAGAUGCGAGGUAAUAAUCCAGUCCUGUGUGCUGCAGCUUGUCCCCUCUGGAGCACAGGCUGUAUGGUGUUGAAGGUACUGGAGAAGUCAUAGAACAUGAUCCUCCCAGUCCUCUCCAGGUAAGUUUUCGAGUUGUUUUUAAAAUUUAUUUUUAUUUUUUACAAAAAAAUCUUUUAAAAAUUCAUUUGUCUCUUAAAUGUUUUGUUUUCAAAGUUUGUUUUCCACAUUUUUUUUUUAUGUUUUAAGAAUUUUAUUGUCUUCCGAAAUAUAAUUAA